UUCAGUUUUAACUUGUAACCUUACCUAAAGCAUACACGUUCGCAGCUUCAAUCAAAAUUUUAAGUGAUUUUAUUCAGCCCUUUUUAUAGUUUCCGAAACCAAAUAUAGAAAUAUAUAGAAAUAGACCAUGCGGGACCAGCCAGCGCCGGUGGGGGCCACGUGGUUCAGCAACCUGUCCGACUUCCAGGUGGAGGCCGUCGAGGCCCUGGCGUUCUCCAUCCGGGACGACCAGGCCGAGGCGACGGUGUACCGCACCCAGUUCUGUCUCAGCCGGCUGGGAAUCACGCCCAUGGUGAAGGCGCGGAUGCUGCGCAAGCUGCUCAGCGUGUGCCGCGGCAGCGACUUGGCCCUGCUCUACUUCCUGCUGGAGGCCUGCUACAAGGGUGCAGGAUUCGCCUAUAGCGAGAAGAUCCUGAUGGCGGCCAUCACGUACCUGGAUCUGGAGAUGACGAUGCGCGAACUGGACCGCAUCCUGCCGCCUGGAGUGGAGCGUUUGAAGCGGGUGAAGAAAUCGAUAGUGCCGCCGAUGGUCAGCACAUCCUUUUCGGUGUGCCCCUCGUCGCCCCAAAGGGUUUCGGAUCUAAGGAAAGUCCGCUCGCCCUACUUCACACCGCUGCCGAAGCCCAAGGUGCCCCAGUCGGUCGGCAAGUUCAGCAGCAAGCCAGCCGGCCUGGUGGUCACCUUCCCCUUUUGGCCCGCCGGCGAGAGGCCCAACUACAGGGUGAACGAGGCGAACCGCUGGUUCGCCGACUACAAGUUCCAGCCGGUGAAGCGGAUGCUCUUCCGGGUGGUGGGCGACAUCAUGAGCGACUACUGGGCCAAAGUGGGUGAAGCAGACGAGGACGUAGCAAUGCCCAUGUGCGAGUUCCACAAGGAGGCGUUGCGGCAGGAGCAGCUGGUCAAGGAUGCGGCCGUGGUCAAGGCGCACAAACAGUGUCUGGCUCUCAUAGACCUAAAUACGCGGCACGAUGCUGCCCUCAAGAAGCGCAUUGUGGCGCAGCUGGACAAGGACAUCGAGGAUUGCACGCUGCGCUGGAAGCGACUGCGUGAGCGCCAUCACACGGAUGUCAUGCUGCUGGAGGAUCACGAUCAGAUGUGUGCGAUGGGCAAGGUGCCCACAACUGUGCAACCGGACAGGGUGAAGCACCUCUUCCACAAGGCGGACAUCGGGCGGCUGAAUGCUGCGCCCAAUAUGCAGGUCCAUGUGAUCACCGGCAGGGCCAGCGUGAGUCGCCUGAGCACAGUGCGCAUCUCGGAUCCGGAGGACGAUGUUCCCUGCCCCGUGGAGGUGCGCGAGGAGAAGCUGGCCAAGUGCCCGCCUCCGCUGCUCGGCCAUAUGAAGCGCCCCCGGCGGGUGAUGAUGACACAGACGAGGGUCGGCGAUGAGAGGCCAACCUUCUGCCGGAAGCCCCAGAGGCCGGGACGCUUCUUUCGGAGUCACAGUCGGCGGGGUCCGUUCGUGUUCCACUACCACGAGCUGGCACCGCGGCAAGAGAAUCCCGCUCCCAGGGACGUGAUGCGAGCCGAGGCCAUUCGCUCCUUGCGGCCACAGAGUUGUCCCUCCAGCGAGGAUGAGUUCAACGAAAGGCUGGAUCCGCGCGCACAGGUGGUGGCUGCCAUCGUGGAGUGCGCCCAGAACAUGUGGUUUGGCUCGCUGGAAGCCCAUCAGCGGAAUAAGGCUUCUUUCGAAUCCAAAAAGUCUGACCCACCACUCGAGCCUUGCGGUCAGGGUCAGGACGACCUGGACUGGACCAAGGACAUCGCGCACUUUGACCCCGACAACCAUCAGUUGAUGGAGCGCCUGCUUAAGGAUGGCUUUUCCAUACUGCGUCGGGAUCCGCGCUGCGUCUUUGCCGCUUUUCCCGACUCGCACAAGUCGACGGUGAUGAAAGAGUGGAUAAAGCGUCGGUAUGGGAAAACAUACAGCUACGAGGAGAUCGGCCAAGGGAUGCGAAAGGGUAUGAAAACCUUUGUGCGUGUGUUGCACAAGCUGAGCAAUGAACCACCCAGUGCCAAGCGCACCGGAUACUCGGCGAAAGACACCUACGACGACAUCGUUCGGUUGAAGGCGCUGAGCGAGCGACUGAAGGCCAACUACCGCAUGCCGCUCAACGACAAGAUCCUCAACCUGACCAGCAUCUGCUGGCAGGCCCUGCAGCCCCACCUGGUCAACGGUUCGUCCCUGCUCAACAGCUUCUUCGCCUAUCUGCCCGUUCGGUACGCCGAUAUGCUCAGAUAGGACUGCAGCAGUGACCAAGAUUAGGACAAGACCAUUUCAAUGUUGCCAAAUUGUUUGUUGCUAAAUUUGUAGUGCUGUCCCCUUUUUACCUUAUACUGAUUUGAAUAAUAAAGCCGAAUUUAUCUAAA